GCCAUCAGUGUGCCGGUCUCCGUGGGCUUGAACUACACUCGUACCUACACCCUGAACGUGACUGUUUUCAAGACAGACAUCAACUCCCGGACAGAGGCCCUGUCCCGCUUGGCGGCGAUCCCGAUUGUCUGUGCAUCCAUCAACUGGUUUGUGCAGCAUCUGCGGAAGACAGUCUUCUUCUGGGAGCGACGGACCGUUGAAGACAGGUUUCAUCAGGUCCAAAACACCCUCAACGACUGGUGGGACUGGAAGUCAGUCGGUUUGAUGACGAUGGCCUCCUUAUUUCUGAUACGGAAUGCCUUCUGCCACGUGCUGGAGGAGCACGUGGCUCAGCAGGUUUAUUUUUGUUUUACUGGUGGCAUGGUGCUUCUGGCCGUCUACGGCUAUUUCAUGCUGCUGGAUAAGAUCGAUGAGAACGUGCAGAACAUGAUCAUGGACCAGGAAAUCAUCAACCAGAGCAGGUGCGUCCAAAAGAUGCAAGACAUUGUCACGAAGAACACGCGGACCCACAAGAAGGACCGCGACAUCGUGUACAGCUUUGCGCACACGCACACGGUUCCGGCGAAGGUGCUCCAUUACAUCUGGUCCAUCUACUACCUCGUGGGUAAAAUCUUGGGCGCGAUGAUCGUCAUGGCGUACUUCGCGCAGAUCGAUGCGGACACCAUCAAUCGCUUUGUUCUGGGCAGUUUGUUACUCUCUGGAGCUGCUUCGGGAGGCUUCAUGUUGGAGCUCGGGCCCAGCACCAUUUCCCUCCUUCGCAUGUCGCUCUACAAGCCGUUUUACGUGGGAGAUCUCGUCACACUGAAUCACAACGGUGCCAUCGGGAUGACGAAUGCCCUGGUGGGCUUUGUGGAGAAUAUCACCAUGAUGUACGUGGUGAUCCGCAACUUCGAGAUGAAACAGGUCUGGGUCAGCCACAAGGCCUUCAAUGAGCUGAUCAUCCAGAACUGGACACGAAGGCCCACGAAGACGGUCUUGCUGAACAUUGGGAUCAGCACUCGGAGCCCGCUGAAGAAGGUCCAGAGGCUCCAGGAGUUUGGCAAGAACUGGAUCAAAGGCUCGCCCGACAUCCAGCAGGACAACUAUCAGAAGUGCCACAUAACGUCGACCAGCAACGGCUACAACAUCGAGAUCAUCUUUUUCCCGAUGGUGGGUGUGUCCCACAGGCAAAUUCGGCAGAAGUUUCUCAUUGCCUUUAUGGAGGCGGCGCAGCGGCUGAAUGUGCCUUUUGUCCCACUUCAGAUCAUGCAGAACUUUUGCGAAGAUGUGGACCCGGCUGGCGUGGAGGCCAUGUCCGAAGCUACAGCCGUUGCCAAGGAUGUGGAGCUGGACGACCUGAUGCCGGAUCCGAAAGACAUGCUCGAGAGGGGCAAGGAGUGA